AUUUAAUCCCCAUUUUCCCACCAAAAAGUAAUAAUCCCGGGCAUUAACCAACUAAUUAAGCCAUUCUGCGAAGGAACUGUUGGCGGAAAUGAUUGGGGGAGUUGUGUAAAACCAAAAAUGAAGUUGAAAAGAAGAUGGUGGUUUGAUUUGAAUGGGGUUCUCGCUUACCAAUGCCCGCCAUGCCCGAUUGGUUGUAACAUAUGCUCUAAAAUGGAAGCGGGAGAUUGUUUUGCUGCAACAAACGCGGCCUCUUAUAUGAUUCAGCUCCCUCCAUCACAACCCCAAAUCUUUUCCCUCACCUAUCUGCACCAAAAAGGGUUCUGCUCAAUAGUUUUUUCGUUUAAUGGCGGAGCAGAACAAUGAUAUACCUCUUGCUAUGGAGGAGGUAAGCGGGGAUGAAGCUAGACAAGACGAGAGCUUUGAUAUCCCUGUCAUUGAAGUUGCAGAGACCAGUAAGCCUGAUGAUAUCACCGAGGAAAGCAUUGAUAUCCCUGUCAUUGCAGUUGCAGAGACCAGUGAGCCUGAAGAUAUCACCGAGAAAGGCAUUGAUGUCAUUGAUAUCCCAGCCACUACGGAGGUUAAUGAGCCUGAAAGUUGCAAUGUAGAAGUUAUUGUGCACAUUAAUACCCCAAAGAUGAAACCAAAAAUUCUCUCUCGCUAUCUCCUACCGCACACAGGCUCAUGCCAUGAUUUUUGCAAAUAUGGUGCUAAACAGGAUCUUGAAGGGAAGCCUGCACGUUCAAUCUUGAGAAAAGCUAAAUCAAUGGGAGGUGGUGGCCGGGAUUUGAGGAGGAUUAUGGUUUUGUUGGCGAAACAGAAUACAAUCAGUCCGAAGUCCUCCCCAGAUUACAAUGCCAUCAAUAUUACUGACGUGAAGGAAGAUAUAAUUUCUUUCCCUGAGAUUGUUACUCCCUCUCCAAAAAGGCCUUUACCUUCUAUCAAGGAAGUGCAGGCUGCAUCAGUGCAUUACCGUCGGACGAAACUUAAUUUGUCCCGAUCGAAGGCGUCUUCUUUUGCAAGACAAGUUAGUUCACGAACCAAAAGAAACAAAGAACUUCGAAAGGAUAAGAAACAAGAUGGAGAUGGAAGUUCAAGCAGUUGUACAAAUAGCACAAGUAGAUGCCAAGAGAGAAAUAUCUCCGCAGAGGAGGAUAUGAAGGACUUGGUGCCACGAGUACUUUUUCGUGUUCCAAGAAAUCGUGUCAAGCGUGUUACAAUUGCAGAUAAGAAAAUCACUGGGAGGUGUGGUCUGAAGAGACCAAAGCAUCCCAGAAAAUAUAAACCUGAUCCAUUUAACAAUGAGGAUGUAGAGGAGAAAACUUUAUACAUGAUUGAACCAUCCACCAAGAAUGAAACAGAGGAAUUGGCUCAGAAUAGUGUUCAAACCGCUGAGUCUCGAUCACAAUCUUCAUCUGCAACAGACAACAGCUUGAAGCAUGAACAAGAGUCUGAUGGAUCCUCCGUAUUGCCACCAUUGUCAGUGAAAAAGAACAUGAGACAUGCUAGAAAUAGAACUAGUCCUAAAAUUUUAUCUACCAAGAAUGAAACAGAGGAAUUGACUCAAAAAUGUAUUCAAACCGCUGUGUCUCGACCACAGUCUUCAUCUGCAACAGACAACAGCUUGAAGCAUGAACAAGAGUCUGAUGGAUCCCCCAUAGUGCCACCAUUGUCAGUGAAAAAGAACGUUAGGCGUGCUAGAAAGAGAACUAGUACUAAAAUUUUAUCUACCAAGAAUGAAAUAGAGGAAUUGACCCAAAAUAGUGUUCAAACCGCCGAGUCUCGACUACAAUAUUCAUCUGCAACAGACAACAGCUUGAAGCAUGAACAAGAGUCUGAUGGGGCCCUCAUAGUGUCACCAUUGUCAGUGAAAAAGAACGUGAGGCGUUCUAGAAGUAGAACAAGUCCUAAAAUUUUAUCAACCAAGAAUGAAACAGAGGAAUUGGCUCAAAAUAGUGUUCAAACCGCUGAGUCUCGACCACAAUCUUCAUUUGCAACAGACAACAGAUUGAAGCAUCAACUAGAGUCUGGUGGAGCCCCCAUAGUGUCACCAUGGUCAGUGAAAAAGAACGUGAGGCGUGUUAGAAAUAGAACUAGUCCUAAAAUUUUAUCUACCAAGAAUGAAACAGAGGAAUUGACUCUAAAUAGAGUUCAAACUGCUGUGUUUCGACCACAAUCUUCAUUUGCAACAUACAACAGCUUGAAGCAUCAACAAGAGUCUGAUAGAGCCCCCAUAGUGCCACCAUUGUCAGUGAAAAAGAACGUGAGGCGUGCUAGAAAUAGAACUACUCCUAAAAGUUUAUCGACGUUUCCAUCGGUAUCCAAGGAAUUCAAAGGUAUAAGUAAAAGUUUAUCAACGUCUCCAUUGGUAUCCAAGGAAUUCAAAGGCAUAAGUAAAAGUUUAUCAACGUCUCCCUUGGUAUCCAAGGAAUUCAAAGGUAUAAGUAAAAGUUUAUCAACAUCUCCAUUGGUACCCAAGGAAUUCAGAGGUAUAAGUAAAAGUUUAUCAACGUCUCCAUCGGUAUCCAAGGAAUUCAAAGGUAUAAGACAUAAGAGAUUUGGUAUGGCUCAUAUGACGGAGACCCGAUCAGCUCCUUCAUCACCAUUUUCAUCUAGGUACCCAUCUGAACGCGUCCAUGUUGAGCAUCGUGGCUCUACUUCAGGAAAUGAUAUGAAAAAAAGUGAGAAUUCAAAGGUGGAACUCAAGCUUAAGACCCGAAGGAUGGCUCUAAGUGAUUCUGGAGAUAGUCAAUCUAGAAAGCUGAAGUUUAGGAAGGGGAGGAUGCUUGAACUUCAAACUGAAACCAGUACGCCAAGGAGGCUUAAAUUUCGGCGUGUACGUUUACUUGGUGAGAUUCAAAGUCCUAAAGUUGAUUUAAGAAACAGAAACAUGAAGGGUAAAGAGGCCAACCAAAAUGGUAUUGAAGUGAAGGAAGAUGAGAAGGAAUUUAAGAGAAAGAAAAUCUUUAGGAGGAAGGAAACUAUCGAGGGAAAAUUCAUUUCUAGUAGACUCAAAUCUGAGAGAGUUGUUCUUAGACAUCAGGAUUCGAGAGGAAAGAAAGAAACCCUAAAUCUGCUUAAUAAUGUCAUUGAAGAGACAGCAAGCAAGCUUGCACAGACCAGGAACAGUAAGGUCAAGGCAUUGGUUGGUGCCUUUGAAACUGUGAUAUCAUUACAGGAUACAAGAACCCUUGCAGCAGGUGUUGCAUAAUAUAUAAGCUGUAUGAUAAAGAUAUAAUAUAUUUCAUGUAUAUAACAAUCUGG